CCCUCCGUUUCAACCCUUUUCCGCUUUUACAUCUCGAUAGACGGAAAAUGUCAGGAGCAAAUCAACGAAUUAGCAUUUUCCCUACGCGCAUGGCCCUGACGACCAUGAAGACCCGACUCAAGGGUGCUCAAACUGGCCAUUCGUUGCUUAAGCGUAAAGCCGAAGCUCUCACGAAGCGUUUCCGUACUAUCACGCAGCGUAUUGACGAGCUUAAACGAAAGAUGGGCCAAAUCAUGCAAGCAGCGUCAUUUUCGCUUGCCGAAGUUCAAUAUGCUGCUGGCGAUAUUAGUUACCAAAUUCAAGAAGCCAGCAAAUCGGCGCAGUUACGUGUCCGAGCCAAUCAAGAAAACGUAUCUGGCGUUAUGUUACCCACUUUCGCCAUGUAUACCGAAGGCAAUAAUGCAUUCGAGUUUACCGGUUUGGGACGUGGUGGUCAACAUAUCCAGCGAUCCAAAGAAGUUUAUAGAAAAGCUGUCGAGACCUUGGUUGAGCUUGCUAGUUUACAAACCGCCUUUGUGAUUCUUGACGAGGUCAUCAAGGCCACAAAUCGUCGUGUCAAUGCAAUCGAACACGUCAUUAUUCCUCGCUACGAAAAUACCAUCAAGUAUAUCAUUUCCGAGCUCGAUGAGCAGGACAGAGAAGAAUUUUUCAGAUUAAAGAAAGUGCAGGGCAAAAAGAAAGAACGUGCUGCUGCCGAGGAAAAACAAAGAGCGAUCCAAGCUGCUGCUGCAAUGCAGGACGGAGAAGUGCCCGAGUUCCGUACAGCCGAUGAAACGGGCCAAAUCGAUCUGAUUGACCAAGGCGAUGAGGAUAUUAUCUUCUAGAAGAGAAAUAACUGGAGAAAAAACCAAAAUAAAGAAUAAAGAAGACUGCGAAAGCUUUUGUUUAAGAGUACUGUAAAUCAAUCAAAACCGG